AACCAAUUUCACCAUCCUACAACCUUCCCUUUUUUUUUUCUUUUUUCUGGAGGUAUGUAGAUGCCUGGAUGGCAAUUACAUUCAUUCUACUCCUCCUUUCAACCUGUCUGACAAUCCCUUCCAAGUUCCCCCAAAAUGGCCGACGCUAUAGUUUCGUUGAUCCUAGAGGAGCUAAAAACAACCAUCAUCGACAGAGGAAAGGAAGAGGUGAAGCUGCUGUUGGGUCUUGAGGAGGAAGUGGAAAAGCUCGAAAGAAACCUUGAUCUCAUCCAUGGCGUGCUUGCCCAUGCUGAGGAGAAGAAGAGAACGGAUGUUCUUGUCAAGAAAUGGCUGGAUAGGCUGAAAGAAGCUGGUUACGACAUGGAGGAUGCGUUAGAUGAGUGGAGAACAGCAGUUGAGAUGGAACUACGGGGGGGAGAAAAUCAGAGGAAGGUACUACUAUGCAAUUUCGUUUCAUGCUUUUCUUUCCAUCAGUUAAGUACCCGUCGUCAAAUUGCCUUGAACAUAAAGGAAAUCAAUCAAAGAUUAGAUGAGAUUGUAAAGGAGAAAGAUCGGUAUCAGUUGAUAAGUAAGGAAAUUGAACUUCCAAAAAAGCCAGAAAGUUCGUCUUUUGUUGAUGUGUCAAGAUUAUGCGGUCGGGAUGGGGUGAAAAGAGAUAUACUGAGUUGUUUGUGGGGAAGGAAUGGUGAAGAGGAGGCUAGUGAACUAAUUCAAACCAUCUCUAUAGUAGGAAUGGGGGGAUUGGGAAAGACAGCUCUUGCACAGCUGAUCUAUAAUGACUGUGGUGUUCAAGGACAUUUUGAUGAUGUAAUAUGGGUUUGUGUCUCUGACCUUUUUGAUGAGAAAAAAGUUGCAAGGGCAAUCAUUCAAGGGCUUGAAAAACUUGGUGAUGGUGCUGCAUACGGUCUAGAAUCAAAUCCAUUGCAGUUCCUUUUGGGAAGGAUUUCUAACUCUAUCCGGGGAAUGAAAUAUUUUCUUGUUUUAGAUGAUGUUUGGGAUGGAAAUAAAGGUGAGAGGUGGGAAGGACUGAAAACCACUUUCAAAUUGGGUGCCCCAGGAAGCAGAAUUUUGGUUACUACACGUGAUGUUGAUGUGGCUAAGAUGAUGGGGUCCUCUUUGUCCCAAAUCAUUCAUCUAGAGAAAUUGGGGGAGAAGGAGUGCUGGUUAAUACUUAGAGAUAUAGCAUUCAGAGAUAGGGAUGAGGAGUCUUGUCAAAGUUUGGAGGCAAUUGGGAGGAAAAUUGCAAAUAGGUGUAAAGGCUUACCACUUGCAGCAAAAACUCUAGGAAGCCUCUUAAAGUCUAAAAGAACUAAACAAGAGUGGCAAAGUGUCUUGAAUAGUGACAUAUGGAAAUUAGAUUUGGCACAAAAGGAUAUUUUUGCUCCUUUGCUUCUGAGUUAUUAUGAUUUGCCCCCUCCAGUAAGGCGGUGCUUUUUGUAUUGUGUUGUUUUCCCCAAAGAUUUUGUAAUUAGGAUUCAUUUCAUUGUUAGCAACUGGAUGGCACAAGGUUAUUUAGGCUCUGAUGGUAAUGCUGAUUUGGAGUCAGUAGGGAUAGGGUAUUUUCAUAUCUUAGUAUCCCGUUCUUUCUUUCAAGAUUUUAGAGUGUGGGAUGGAGACAUUGUUUCUGUUAAGAUGCAUGAUGUGGUACAUGACUUUGUUCGAUAUUUGGCAGAGAAUGAGUUUGUGAUAAAGGAGGUUGAGUCUGAUAAUUUGAAUAUAGACUCAGCAAAGCAUCGUCACUUGACAGUGAUGGUUGUUGAUGCAUUGAUGCCUUUUCCUACAUCCAUUUCUGGUGUAGAAAAAUUGCGAACCCUUCACACUUUUACUGGAAGGGAUGCUUUGACUUGUGAAGCCUUGCGUAGCUUGUUUAAUCAGUGCAGGUGCUUAAGGCUGUUGGAUCUUGGUUGGUCUGGUGGACUUGAUUAUUCAUGUAAAGAAAUUCCUAAAGAAAUAGGGAAAUUGAUUCACUUGAGAUUCCUUAGCUUAGCUUAUCAUGGUUAUUUGGAAGGGCUGCCUGAAGCGCUUUCCAACAUGUAUAAUUUGGAAAGUUUGUGUCUGAAUGGGUGCAUAAAUCUCAAGCAAUUGCCAGACUGGAUAUCAAAAUUAUUCAACUUGAGGCUUCUUAACACUAUUGGUUGCCUUGCUCUCACUCACUACCCAAAAGACAUCUGGAAAUUAACUUCUCUUAGAGCUUUACUCGGGCUCAUUGCAAGAGCUGAUCGCAAUGAUGCUGAAGAAUUUAGCCUUGCUGAUCUUGGAAACUUGAAGCAUCUUCAUAGAGUUUGGUUGAAAGUGGUGGGAGAUUCAAUUGAUAAGGAGGAGGCUAGAAAAGCUGAACUUGAGAAUAUCCAGGAAUAUAGACAGGCAUUUCAGCCCAAAUUUCCUUUGGUGCCUGUUGUUGGUGUGGUGCAACUUUGCAAACCAUACUUCUACUGUCUUCCAGCCCCUCCGAACGAGCCAAAAUCCAAACGUAGCCUAAACCCCAUUUCCACUACGGCUCUACCUCCUCGUCCUUCCGCUAGCCAGCCACCACCAAUCAUGCAGGUCGCCCUCUUAACACCGCGGACCACCGCGCUCGUCUUAAUCCAACCUCUCAGCCCUUGUCAUGUCUCACAUAACCGAGGCCGCCUUCCAAGCCACCCAUCGUAUCUCCGGGUCAAUGCUCAAGUCCAAGCUUCGGUUACUGCUGAUCCUUCUCCGCCACCCACCUCGGCCACUUACAAGCUCAACAAGUACAGCUCAAGAAUCACCGAGCCAAAGUCCCAGGGUGGCUCACAGGCGAUCCUCCACGGGGUAGGCCUGUCGGAAGAGGACAUGUCCAAGCCCCAAGUUGGGAUAUCCUCAGUCUGGUACGAGGGUAACACGUGUAAUAUGCACUUAUUGAGGCUAUCGGAGGCAGUGAAACAGGGAGUUGAAGAGGCGGGAAUGGUGGGUUUCAGAUUUAAUACUAUAGGUGUCUAUGGAGAGUAUGUAAGUGGAUCCAUAAGUGAUGAACAGCGAAAGAAUGUUGUCCUUAACUCCUGUCCUGGGGCAGGAGCAUGUGGUGGGAUGUACACAGCAAACACCAUGGCUUCUGCAAUUGAAGCUAUGGGAAUGUCUCUUCCUUACAGUUCUUCAAUACCUGCUGAAGACCAGUUGAAGUUGGAUGAAUGCCGUUUAGCUGGAAAGUAUCUGCUUGAGUUGCUGAAAAUGGACCUAAAACCGCGGGACAUUAUCACUAGGAAAUCUUUGCACAAUGCAAUGGUCAUUGUAAUGGCACUAGGUGGGUCUACAAAUGCUGUAUUGCAUUUAAUUGCCAUAGCAAGGUCUGUUGGCCUGGAUUUGACACUUGAUGAUUUCCAGAAAGUCAGUGAUGAGGUCCCCUUUCUAGCAGAUCUUAAGCCUAGCGGCAAAUAUGUUAUGGAAGAUGUUCAUAAGAUAGGAGGAACACCUGCAGUUAUUCGUUAUCUUUUGGAGCUUGGAUUUCUUGAUGGAGAUUGUAUGACUGUUACUGGGAAAACAUUGGCUGAAAAUGCAAAAAGUUUCCCUCAUUUGCCUGAGAAACAGGAUAUUAUAAGGCCAGUGUCAAAUCCCAUCAAGAAAACAGGCCAUAUCCAGAUUUUACGAGGAAAUCUUGCACCAGAGGGUUCUGUAGCAAAAAUUACUGGAAAAGAAGGGCUAUAUUUCUCUGGUCCUGCACUUGUCUUUGAUGGAGAGGAAUCUAUGAUUGCUGCCAUAACUGAGGAUCCUAUGAGUUUUAAGGGAAAGGUGGUAGUCAUUAGAGGAGAAGGACCAAAAGGGGGGCCAGGCAUGCCUGAAAUGUUGACACCAACAAGUGUAAUAAUGGGAGCAGGUCUAGGGAAGGAUGUUGCAUUGCUAACAGAUGGCAGGUUUUCAGGAGGUUCACAUGGAUUUGUUGUUGGCCAUAUAUGUCCUGAAGCACAGGAGGGUGGUCCCAUUGGUUUAAUCCAAAACGGAGACAUCAUCCGGAUUGAUGUUGAGAAGAGAACAAUAGAUGUUGAGCUAACAGAGGAGGAAAUGAAUGGGCGGAGAAAAAAGUGGACUCCACCUCCAUACAAGGCGAACAGAGGAGUUUUGCAUAAGUACAUCAAGAAUGUACAGUCAGCUUCAGAAGGAUGUGUAACCGAUGAGUAAGGAGAGAUGUGAUCUCCAUAGUGUAUGGGAGUGAGAUGUUCAAAAAAAAAAAAAAAGUGUAUGGGAAUGAAGGGUGAUAGUUUGCUCAAAUCCAUAUGGCAUUUCAUUAGGGCUUAUUAUAGGCAUCUACAAGUUGUUCAAGGAUGCUAAGGGGGCAACUGGGUUUUUGAUCUUAUUUCUCUUUUGUACUCCCCUUGAAUUUAUCUAUU